AGCACCGAUCAGCACCGACCGAUCGAAGCCAACCAACAACCACCACCAACCAACCAAGCAACAACAACAACCAACCAACCAUCAACAAGCAGCUUGACUCAUUUCAAGAUGAGCUCAACCAUCAGCAACUCACCAUCACCAGCAACAACAACAACGAUCAGCAGACUAACCGACUUUGUCAAAUCAAACAGACGCGCACUACUCAUCUCACUCUCCAUAGCCAUCGCAGCAACAGCAGGAACGAUCUAUCUCAGCUCAUCCUCAAACAACUCAACAAAUUCCUCCUCCUCUUCUUGUUCUAAAACCUCAAAAAAGAAAAAGGACUCAAAAAAAUCGAAAAAGAACCGGAAAAAGAAUACCACCACCCCUCAGAAUCAGAAGAGCGAUCAUCAACUACCACCAUCUAGUCAACUCUCAAGUUCACAGAAGAGCGAAGAAGAUGAUCAAGAGGAUGAUCCCAUCAAUUUCACGAAGGAGGUCAUCGAGAGUUUACCAGAAGAAACACGAUGUCGAUAUGCAUUCAUCCUGAAAACUAACGGAAAUAAGGCAUACCAAGCAAAAAAUUAUCAACGGGCGAUCGAGUACUAUUCCAAGGCGAUCGAAUGUGAACAAAAGGCGGUCUAUUAUAGCAAUCGAGCUGCCUGUUACACUUAUCUUAAUGAUCCAGAGGCAGUUGUCAAGGAUUGUACAGAGGCCCUUCGAUUAGAUAAACACUACAUCAAGGCCUUGAACCGAAGAGCAUCAGCUCGUGAAUUACUAGGAGGAGAGGAAAACUUGUUCCUGGCCUUAUGUGAUUUCACUGCUUGUGUGAUCCUAGAUGAAUUUAAAACAGAUCAUAAGGGUGAAACGGCCGAUCGGGUGAUGAAACGGUAUGCUGGCGAAAAAGCAAAGUCGAUCAUAAAGGAACGCGGCCCAAGGUUGCCAUCCAACAUGAUUAUUCGAGCGUAUUUGGAUGCAUUCCGACAGAAGCCAAAGCCAUCACUACCACCAGAGCCUAACCAAGCCGACAAUACCUUAAUGAUGGCAUACGAUGCGCUUGCGAACUUUGAUUACAACCAUGCAUGUUCGUUAUUCCACGAGGCAGUUGAGCAAGUACCUAGUACGACUGAGCUACGGGCGCAUGGGUAUUUAAUGAAGGCGACGUUCCUAUUCCUGAUGAGCCAGCCGCAAGCGGCGCUUGAAGAUUUUAACCGUGCGUUAGAGGAGAAGCCGGAUCUAAUCCAAGCCUGGAUCCGGAAGGCGAGUGUGAACAUGGAACUAGGCUCCUUAGAAACUGCGAUGAACGACUUCGCAGAGGCGCUAAAGAUCGAUGUAAAUGACCCGGACGUGUAUUACCAUCGAGGACAGGUCUAUAAUGUGACUGAACAACACCAUCUAUCGAUCGAAGAUUAUCGGAGAUCUAUCGACCUCGACCCUUCUUUUAUCUUCUCCCACGUCCAACUCGCCGUGGCCACUUAUAAAAAUGGCGACGUCCCAAAGGCUAUGCAGAUGUUUAAGGAAUAUAUGGUCGUCGAUGGUCACGAAACUUCUAGCCCUGAAGUUCAUAAUUAUUAUGGAGAGUUGCUGUUUGCUGAACAGAAAUUUGAUGAAGCUUUGAAACGCUUCGAUUCGGCCAUUCAAUUAGAGGAAAACAGGACGGGACCGAAGAACGUAUUACCAUGGGUCAACAAAGCAUUAGUGUAUGCGACGGCCCAAUCAGAUGUGGCGAAAGCGACAGAGAGCUGUAUGAAAGCCUUAGAGAUCGACUCGAAUUGCGAGGUGGCCAUCCAACAUUUAGCCCAAUUUAAGCUCCAAUCAAACGAGAUUAAGGAGGCAUUAAAAUGGUAUGAAAAGGGUAUCGAGGUCGCUAUGACGGAACUCGGUCUCUCUCAGUUCAUUCAGUUUCAUGUCGCUGCUAUGGCUCAAUUGGUGUUCAUGGAAAAUUAUCCUGAGUUUGCAGCUCGAUUAGGACUACAAUAAGAACAAAAAACAAAACAAAAAUGCUCGUAAUUAUCAGUUGUUGUUCCUUCUUGGUCUUGGUCUUGUUGUUGAUGAUGAAGAAACCAUGAUGAUUUUUUUAAAUGAUGAAGCUGUCAAUGAAUAAAUGAUCACCCUUUUUUCAUCCUCUCUCUUUCUUUUGACACUUUUUUCCAUUUUUUUUUUUUAGAAAAAAGAGGAUGCUUAGAGAAAACAAAUCUGAUUUACACAACUUCCUUUUUCUCAUUAGAAUGGUAUCUGAAAAAAAUAUAUAUCUUACAUGGUCUCAUUGGUCUACUUUUUCCCCUACACAUCCUCCCCCCCUCCCCUUUAAUUGAUUGAAUCUUUGGUUUUUCUUCUGUUCAAUCUUCAACAUCACUAUAUAACCAAGUUCAUAAUCCAAGUCAAACUUUUGGCUGUUUUUUGAGAUUCCCUUCGCA